UAUUUCACUCUAUUUCAUAUUUGUAUGUGAAUAUUUGUUGUUUGCACGACGAUGUAUUUUGUAACUUUAUAGCGGAACACUCCUGCGCAGUGUCGCUAUUUUUCUUCUCCGUUUGUACAAACCAACAGUCAUUGACAGAUGUCAGCUAGCGUUAGCAUUAAAGCUAGCGCUACAGCAGAGACAUUUAGUAGACCCUAAUGUUAUUCACAUAAGAAAUAUUUAAUAGUUGCCUAGAUCUCCCAUGCACCAUGAGGAGUGCUGAGGUGAAGAAAUUGAAAGUGAACGAGUUGAAAGAGGAACUGCGUCGGAGAUCCCUGGAUACCAAGGGGCUGAAAGCGGACCUGGUGGAGAGGCUCAACGCGGCUCUGGAGGCCGAAGCUGCGGGGCCCGGGGGAGCUGCAGGGGAGGCACCGGACCAGGACCAGGCAACACCGGACCAGGCAACACCGGGCCAGGAGCAGGAGGAGCAGCGGGGAGAUGGAGAGGAGGGAUUAUCAACCGGGUUGUUGAGGGAUGAAGGAAUCCCGAACAAAGAUUCUCUAGACAUUGGUGCAGGAGGAGCCCCUGAGCAGGAGAGCAGGGGGAUGGAGAGAGAAGAGUCAUCUGAUUCUGACCUGGGCUUCAGCAUGCCUGACUUCACUGCAGACGUCCGUCUCCCUGUCCCUGUUUUCAAGACAGAGGAGACACAGUCUGAGGAGACCUCCGAGUACCACGACACCAAAUUAUCCCUGGCAGAGCAGCAGCAGGGCCAGUCUGAGAGGAAGCAAGAGUAUGAAGUGAAGAAAGAGGAUGAGGAGAAAAAGGAGGAAGAGCAGCAACGUGAUCAGGAGCAGCCAGACCUGCAGCCGCAGCCAGGGGUGGGGCCAACCGACAAAUGGGAGGAGAUGGAGGAGCAGAAGGCGGAGCAGAAGGCGACGCAAACCAAGAUGGAGGAGGGAGGGAGACAGGAGAGAGACCGGCAGGAGAGAGACAGGCAGGAGGGAGACAGGCAGGAGAGAGACAGGCAGGAGGGAGACAGGCAGGAACGCAAGAGACCACAUGACGAGGACCGGGGCUACUACGAGCACCGUGACGACAAGAGGUCCCGGUCGCCCCAGCCCCCUGCUGAAGAGGAGGAGGAGGACUUUGAUGACACUUUGGUGGCUCUGGACACAUAUAACUGUGACCUUCACUUCAAGGUGUCCCGUGAUCAUUACAGCGGCUACCCUCUGACCGUCGAGGGCUUCGCCUACCUCUGGGCCGGAGCUCGAGCAUCCUACGGAGUCAGCAGAGGGAAAGUCUGCUACGAGAUGAAGAUCUUAGAGGAGAUAGCUGUGAAGCAUCUCCCGUCCUCUGAGCCUGACCCCCAUGUGGUCCGGAUAGGAUGGUCCCUGGACUCCUGCAGCACACAGCUGGGUGAGGAAGCGUUUUCGUUUGGAUACGGAGGAACGGGGAAAAAAUCCUCCGACUGUAAGUUUGAAGACUACGGAGAGAAGUUUGGAGAGAAUGAUGUCAUCAGCUGUUUCAUUGACUUUGACGCUGGCGGUGAGGAGGUGGAGAUGGCGUUCUCUAAGAACGGGGUGUGGCUAGACGUGGGGUUCCGGGUGUCGAGGGAGGAGCUGGCGGGGCGCCCCCUGUUCCCCCACGUCCUUGUGAAGAACUGUGCGAUCGAGUUUAACUUCGGCCAGAAGGAGGAACCCUUCCACCCCCCUCCGGAGGGGUACAUUUUCAUCCAGACUCUUGGUAUUGAAGACAGGACCAGAGGGGCUGUAGGACCAGCCAGCAAGGCUGACUGUGAGAUUCUCAUGAUGGUGGGUCUGCCAGCCUGUGGCAAGACCACCUGGGCCUCAAAACAUACUGAGAGUCACCCAGAGAAGAAAUACAACACCCUGGGAACCAACGCCAUCAUGGAGAAGAUGAAGGUGAUGGGUCUGCGUCGCCAGAAGAACUACGCUGGCCGUUGGGACGUUCUGAUCCAACAGGCCACUCAGUGUCUCAACCGCCUCAUCCAGAUCGCCGCACGCAAGAGACGCAACUACAUCCUGGACCAGACAAAUGUAUAUGGAUCAGCCCAGAGACGAAAAAUGCAUCCUUUUGGGGGGUUUCAGCGCAAGGCUAUUGUUAUAUGUCCCACGGACGAGGACUUUAAAGAGCGAACGUUAAGACAAACUGAUGAGCAGGGGAAGGAUGUGCCAGAUCAGGCUGUGUUAGAAAUGAAAGCCAACUUCUUGCUCCCUGAGCCGAGUGACUUCCUGGAGGAGGUGUUGUUUGUGGAGCUGCAGCGGGAAGAGGCUGACAAGCUGGUGAAGGAAUACAACGAGGAGGGACGCAAAGCCGGCCCACCCCCCGACAAACGCUAUGACAACCGUCCGGGAGGGUUCCGUGGCAACGGCGGAGGUUACCAGCGCUAUGACGACCGUGGCGGGCCUCGCGGCGGCGUAGGAUGCCAGAGCAGAGACGCUGGGGGAUACAGAAGGGGUAAGGAAGGAACGGAUUCCUCCCCAGGCAACAACCGUGGCGGCUACAACGGCAACCGUUGGGGUGGCAACGGUAACUACCGUGAGGGGGGGUCGGGGUACAACCGCCCGGCGCCCUACAGCAAGGGGGCAUACAACCAGAGUUACACCCCCAGCAGCUAUAAUCAAGGCAACUACCAACAGGGUUACAACUACGGCAGCUACAGUCAGUACCCAGGCUACAGGCAAACUCAGAGUUACAGCGAGUCUACGCCAGCUGCCGCAGGACAGACCUACAGCCAACAGCAGAACUACAACCAGCAGUACCAGCAGUAUGCCCAGCAGUGGCAGCAGUACUACCAGAACCAGUCUCAGUGGAACCAGUACUACGGCCAGUAUGGGAACUAUGCCGCCCAGGGGCAGGGUCAACAAGGUCAAGGUUCACAGGGGCAGGGAGGUCAGGGGGCGUCAGGUUCCUCCCAGUAACCUCUGACCUCUACAUCAGGGGGGGUCAACGAAAGGCGGUUUAUGGCCCACAAUAAAAUGAAUUGUUCCCACCCCAAAAAAA